AUGGCCACAACGAAUAUCGAACGAAAAGCCGACCAAGCCCGGGACGCUGCCCAAGAAGCCCCCCAGAUCGUCGCCAGCAAAGCUCAAUCGGCUCUGGAGUCUGUCAAGCAGAUGGGCAUAGUCCAGCGCUAUGUUUUACCUCCCGCGGGGUACCUCAAGAAUCGAUAUGUCCACGCCCCCACCGGUGUCAAGAUUGGGGUCAUUGGGUUUGGAGCCAUGUCGGCUAUUCCUCUGGGGUGCUUCAUGGGGUUCAUGGGGGUUGUCACCCUUGGGUGCUUCAUCGUUGGAGGGAUUGGGCUUAUCGCUGUUGAGAGUGGAUUCGCAAUGCUCGGCUCAGUUUUCCUGCUUCCAGCCUUGGGAGUCUCGCUGCUGGUUGCCUGUGGCGUUGGGUUGGUCAGCAUGGUUGCCUAUGUCGGGUACCUCAUGGCCUGUGCCGUCCUAGGCAUGAUCUAG